AUGAGUGCCAAGGAGUCAGAAAAUGGUGCUAAUCCCCAGUUUAAGGUUCCUUGUGAGCCUCCUAUACCUGCCACUCAUGUGCUGGUCCAGCAUUCGGUCCAGGUUCCGAGUAAGGACCAAGCCCCGAGAAACAGAGGACUGGUCUACCCAGGGUUUGUUCCGGCUUCCAGACCAAAGCCCCAGGAAGCCCUCCAUAGCCUUGCACCGAAUGUAGCCCAACCUGGACCAGGACUUGUAAACCAGGUCCAGGACUUGGAAAAGACUAUACCCUGCACAACACAAGCUGAAUCCUCAAAUUCAAAGGGGAUCCUAAACCAGACUCCAACUUGUUCUCAAGAUGGAGUCCCAAGCAAGGCCCAGGCCAAGACUGCAUUUAAAAGACCAAGCCAGUCCAGGCUCUUGUCUGGUCCAGUAACGCCAGACCAAAUUAAGGCCCUGAAGAAGCUUCAUCUUCAUGAUGUACUUCGUCUGAUACGAGAACACAGCCCAAAGGAAUCUGUCUUUCCUAUUGGCGAGUGCAUCAUUGAGUUCUUGGGGCAGAACAGCGUGAACCUCUUCCCAGCGAUCUACGCCAAGUGCAUUGUGGGUAACACAUCGACGCAGCCCGUGAUCUCUCCUCAUGAAGAGCAGAUUUCAAAGACCAUCUACUUGUGGACCAGAGAAAAGAAAAGAAAAAAUGUGAUGCAUUAUUUGAUGAGCGAACUUGGGCAAAGACUAGCUAGUCAGGAAGGCGUGGACCUCAGCCGAACUCUGACCUUCAGCCGACUUUUUGCAGCCAUCUGCAGAGAAUCAGAUUGGAUGGUGCGAGCCAGGGUCAUGUGUUAUGAUAUCAUCAGGGAAAGUCUACCCAAUGGAUAUCAUCUUCUACUGGCCAUGGCUGCUGUUUGGCCAAGCAUUCUGAGAAAGAAGGAUGGUGGAAUUCACCCCCUCAUUUCAACGAUGGAAAUCUUGUUCAUGCACCAACUUCAGACUGACGCCAAGAGCACUAAUGCCUUUACAAGAGAAACUGCAGAGAAGAUUAUUAAGUGUUUUGCCCAUCUGUGCCAUUGGAAUCCCAUGGCCUCGGAGUCGAAGGGAGAUGCCCAUGCUCAUUGGCUGAUAGGCUUGCUAAAGGAUCCUGACAUAGCAACGUUCCAACAAAAUAAAACACAGAUCCUUCUGGGUAACAAGUGCUUUGAAACGAUUAAGGCUGUCGAGCUUCUAGCCUCUUCUCAAGGCUGGGAAUGGACUAAUAAUAAGCUCAUCAUCGGACAGCUUUGGCCCGUUUUGAAAGACUGGAGCAAGAGUCUAACCAAGGGCACUGCUGAGAAGAAAGAGGAUGGAACUCCUGGGGAUGGAAGUCUGGCAGGAAAAUCGAGCACCUCGUUGGCUACUGCUUGUGCAGUGAUGAAGGUUAUUGGCAACGUUGGACAGAUUGGGCUUGUACUGAAUGUUCAGUCUGUUGAGCAGCUCAUGAAAAUGCUAAUAGCGGUAUUACAGCAGCCAUCUCAAAGCAUUCCAUGGCCCAUGCAGCUCUACACUGCUCAAUCAAUCUACGACCUGUCGCCUAGCAACCAGGAAGUGGCCUCCCAAGUGCUUCGCCAGUGGGUCGCCAAGGCCGUCAAUGCUGUCCCAGAGAAACUGGCAGAAGGGAUCAACAACCUCGGUAGAAAACUGGAGAGCCCGGACGAUACCAAUCAGCCAGAGGUUGUCAAAGAUAAAGUUUAUGAAGAGACUAAAUGAUUAGUUUGCAUGUUAUGUGGAAAGAAAAAGUUAAAACUAAACAACAACAAAAAAAAGGUUAAUCGUUGAUGUGAGGCAGUAAACAGAAUUCAAGCUAUGAACAGUUCAGAAAUGUCGUGGUACUUAUUGACCCAUUGUGAGGUAUGUUUAUUUACAAUGUAACGAUGUAUCGUCUAUACAGUAGGUUUACGGUUGCACCAUGUGAGAGAAAGGGGAGGAUUGGGGAGUCCUGAAAAAGACUGUCGGUAAUCUUUCUUUCUUGAGUGUGUGUGUAGUCCUGAAAAGGACUGUUGGCUAAUCUUUCUUGAGCUUAUAGUUCUAAAGAGAAAUAUAGCGCCGGUUAGAGAGGAUGGGUUGUAGGAGGGGCUCGAACAGGUUGAAUAUUCGUUGUCAGGAGUGUAUCAUCUGUUCAGAUUCAGAAGGGCGUUGUCCCAUAUGCUUUAACGCAGAUUAAAGGCUCUUAAAAGUGAAGAUGUGCAACAUAUUUUAUUUAGUUUAAGGUUGGGACUUUAGAAAUACCUAAUAGUAUAUUAUUAUCAGAUCCGUCCCAAGUUUUUUAUUUUGCUUCUUUUUUUUAUAAGAACUAUGCUUAAGUGAUUAGCCUUUGAUAUCUAUAAGAUUGUAGUGUUUUAUUCAUUUCUAAUAUAAAUGCCAGAUAACUUACUUUAUCCCAUUUAAAUUGGGAUGUAAUGGAAUAAAGAUUAUUUUACUUGUUGAUUCAGAAUAAGCAAUAUUGGUAUUGCACCCAGAUGUGAAUUAUAGUUAUAAAUUAUAUCACUCAACCUAUGGGUUGUCUUGUCUAUAGCGACCGUCCAAGGGAAACACAUAAAGUGGUCUUUGUAGACAGGUUCCUUUAGUACAUGUUUCAAUGCGAAACCAUUUUCAACGCAAACAAAAGAUGUGGUCUUUGUAGACAGGUUGUCACUAAAGCAGGUUUGAAUGCUUUAGUCACAAAGUACCAGUAUUCUGUAGAAAAAAUGAUAAUACAGAGAAAUGGGCUUUUUUUUAUAGUGGCCAUCUGUAUAGAAAGAUCACUUGUCCAUAAAGACCACAUAAUACUGAUGUCGCUACCCUAGGUACAUAAAAACAUAAUGUAUGUUUGAAA